AUGUCCAGAGUGCUACAACCAGCGUACACAUUGUACAUGUGGAGAGUGUUGUUUUUCUCAAAUUUUGAUUUCCUGUAUCUUUAUUUAAAACUUCUUGCUACAGCCGAUGAAUGGAAACUCAAAAUGAAAUAUGUGAACAAAACAAUUGCUGAUCCCACGAAGAGCUGUGGGCCAGAUAUCAUAAAAAGAAAAAAUCAUACCUUGACACGCGGUAGGCGAAGGAGCAUCGAUUUUGCAAGUAGAAGGCAACAUGAGGGCUCUAGUUACAUUCACGUCCGAGAGCCCGAAUUCAGUGGAGUUAGCAAGAAGCUUACACAAACAAAUAGGAUUGGUGUUGAUCAAGUGCGACAUCUCAGGGCAACAAGGAGAUUCCGGUUGAGUCAAGUUGCUCCCUUCCUCCACGUAGACAGUCGGCCAAGUCAGCUAAAGGUUCCAAGCAAUUGGGUCCCGGAGGAGGUGCCGCCUGCAGUGAUGCCGCUUGAAUUAUGGCGGCAGCCGGUGGUUGGGAUCGGGCAGAGGGCUCAACCUCGGCUAUGGAACAGGCGACUGAGAAGGAGGGAUGUCGGUGACAGGAAACUCGACGAACGGGAAGGAUGA